GGAGGACCACCAGGGCAAGAAUAGGAAAAUAUCAAAGAGACGUUAUGCGUAUCCCGCCACUCUUUCCCAUUUGUAUAAAUGCCACUCUGCUUACCACUCUUUACUCCCUUUUGUUUUCUUCUUUCGAAUUUCACCCCUUCUUUUGCUUCCUAUUAAAUGCGCCACAAAAUUAUAGCUCAUUUGGUAACGGCACCCUCACCCUCCAUUAAUCCUCCUUUUCAAUUCUGUUUUCCAAGAGCCGUUGCCGUUACUUAAAACAUAGUCUUUAUUAGGGAAAAUAAAAUUCAGAACCCUUCAAAAUAUUGCUUUAGUUGAUGAUUUUCAGCGUUCUUUUGCGUUUUUUUUCAUGGGCUGCGUAACUUCAAAACUCGACCAGUUGCCGGCGGUCACUUUGUGCGGCGACCGCUGCAAUUUCCUCCAGGACGCUCUCCUGCAAAGCUACGCCUUCGCCGAUGCACACGUGGCGUACAUGCAGUCGCUCACGACUCUCGGCCCCGCUCUCCACCGUUUCUUCGAUCAAUGUCUUAAAUCUUCGUCUGGCGAUGAACCCGCCGUAUCUGACGAGAAACCGCCGAAGCGACGUUCGCCUCUGUCCUCGCCCGGUCAUUCUUUUUCGAGUUCAAACUCAGAUUCGCACAUUCAAUUCGAUACUGAUUUGGAAGACGAAGAGACGGGCGAAGAUUUUAGUAAAUAUAUUAACGAAAUCCAUCUAAAUUAUCUUAAUCAGGGGAUCCUAACAUCGUAUCCUUUGCCUAAUGAUGAUUACCAUUCUAAUACGAAUCAAAGCAGAGAAAUCAGUGGCUCAGGCUGGAAAACACCUCCACCUCCGGCUCCGAGGAGUGCGGCUUGGGAUUACUUGAACUUUUUUGAUGAAAUUUACGAGAGAUACGAGUUGCCUUAUUUUUCGAGCAAAGAAGUGAAGGACAAAGGAGGAGUUCAUGAACAUCUUGAAGCACAAGCAGUAAAGCAAGUUCAUGGAGAUGAGAAAUCUAGUGCAAAUUGUACUAAAGAAAAAAGAGAAAAUCCGAGCGGAAUAGCUGUUCCAGUUAAGAACGGUGAUGCACAGAAUGAGAAGAAAGCAGAUUCAUCGCAUAUUGACAAGGUUCAAAAGAAGACUGACAUAAAUGAACCCAAAAAUCGAAGCGGUAAACAAAGUGCUUCUGAGGUAAUCAAAGAAUUGCAGGUCCUAUUUGAGAAAGUUUCGGAGUCCGGAAAUGGAGUUUUAAAUAUGCUUGACACUGGAAAAUUUCGCUAUCAUCACAAAAAAUCUGUUUAUCAAGGUACUACUAAGGUAUUUCAUAUGAUUACUUCAAAUUCAUGGGAAACAGAGUCCUUACUGUCGAAAGGUAAGUUUAGUUCUAUGGAUAAUGAUGAGAUUGUGAGUUCACAGAACCUGUCUUCUACUCUGAGGAAACUGGGUAUGUGGGAAAAGAAGCUCUAUGAUGAAGUCAAGGCUGAGGAAAAGCUGCGCAUGAUUCAUUCAAAGAGGCGUAGCCAGAUGAGGAUUUUGGAUCAGAGGGGUGCUGAUGCUCACCGUGUUGACUCCACACGAACUUCGAUUAGGGCCUUAUCUACUAAAAUGAGAGUUGCAGUUCAAGUUAUUGACAACAUAGCGAUUACUAUAAAUAAGGUGAUGGAUGAAGAGUUGUGGCCACAGAUCAAUGAACUAAUUCACAGAUUGUUUGGAAUGUGGAAGGUAAUGCUAGAUUGCCAUAGCUGUCAGUGCCAAAAGGUUAUGGAAGCCAAAUGUUUGGAUGUCAUUACUCUGAAUGAAAACCUUAAUGACACUCAUCUUGAAGUGGCAGUGAAACUAAAGCUUGAACUUCAAAACUUCGUUCUUAGCUUAUCUAGUUGGAUUGAAACCCAGAGGGGCUAUGUCAAAGCUUUGAAUGGUUGGUUACAUAGAUGUCUCCUAUAUGAACCCGAGGAAAUAGCAGCAGAUGGUGUUUCAUCUCUCUCUUCCAGUGGAUGCGGAGUACCCCCAGCGUUUGUGAUCCUUAACCAGUGGUCUGAAGUCAUGGAUAGACUUUUGGAGAAAGAAGUAGUUGAAGCAGUGAAUACGUUUUUCAUUAGCAUCAACCAAGUUCUGGAACAGCAGCAUAAUUCAACUCUGCGGCAAAGGAUUAUUGCUGAUAAGGACAUGGAAAGGAAAGUAAAACUCUUGGAAAAAGAGGAGCAAAAGAUGCAGAAAAUGAUGCAAGCUCGAGUGAAAAAGAUGACGGAGUUGGCAAGGGAAGAAAGUGCCGUUCUUGAACCAAGAGAUACCAGUACCACGGAUGGCAGUAACAUUAGGGAGGCUGCUAGUUUACAGCAUGGGUUAAAGCAGAUUUUCAUGGCAAUGGAAAAGCUUGCUAUCCAUUUCAGGCAAGCUUAUGGGGGCCUCCACCAAUGCACUGAAAAGUGCAAGGCCACUCGAGAUAACCCCUAAUGUCCUUAUCGAUCCAAUUCCAUGGUUAGGUACAGGGACGGCUUCUAAUUUACUUAGCUCUGCAGCUUUAAUUAUUAUUAGUUGAAAGAAGAAUUCAUUUCAUUUGUGGUUUUGCUAGGGGGGAUAUUUAUCCAAUAAACCCCCAUAUGAUAACAUCUCAUAUGUCUAAUUAAGAAUGGUUUGUUUGAAACAUGUUUUGCACAGUUGAUUUCUGAUUGUUGGCUGAUUGAUUGCCUUCCCAUUGCUGAAAGUCAACAAACUGGACUGUAAAGUCAUGGUCAGUAGGCAUCCUCCCCUCAUUUUGUCUUUGCCGUUUUGAUUAAGAUAAGGUACUGAAAUUUUGGGUUGAGCGUGCAAGAUUUGAUAGGAAAAAAAAAAAAAAGGCAUCCUUAUCGUUACAAGCUUCAUGUUUAUCCGUUAAAUGAAAGCUGCUGAAAAAAGCUUUUAAGUGUGUAUGUAUGUAUAUAAUAGGGUGCUACUUCCUUGUAUUCUUCUUUUUUGUCUUUUGUAGUGAUUUUUUACCUAAUUAUUUUUUCUCAGUAUUUUAUUGAUAUUGAUUUGUUGAUCUUUACUGGAUUUGAGGCCUCACAUAUAAAUAUUUGUUUAAAUAA